AUGAACGGCGACCACCACCACCACCACCAUCACGAUCGGCCAAUCUUCCCAUUCAAACGCAAAGAAGACAACUCCUCCUCCUCCACCAUUGUCUUCCCAUCCUCCUCCUUGAUAAACCCUAACAAUACAAUAAGAGCAGCAGCAACAACAACAACAGAUUUCAAAUCUGCAUUUGUCGAAGAACCCUCGGCCAAGAAGUUGCGAACUUCCACCAAGGACCGCCACACCAAGGUCGAUGGCCGCGGGCGACGCAUCCGCAUGCCGGCAAUCUGCGCCGCCCGGGUCUUCCAGUUGACCCGCGAGCUUGGCCACAAGUCAGAGGGUGAGACCAUCGAGUGGCUUCUCCGGCAGGCGGAGCCCGCCGUCAUCGCCGCCACCGGCACCGGCACAAUUCCGGCCAACUUCGCCUCCCUCAACAUCUCCCUCCGGAGCUCUUGCUCGAGCAUAUCCUUCCCCUCCUCCUAUGAUUUCAGCCCCGGCUAUGGUUUCCGGGGGAUGUCGCCGGAAAGUUACCCGGCGGCGACGCUACUCAAUUUUCAGGCGGCCAGCCUAAAUCCUAGUUUUACGCCGGCGAAGCAGGAAUCUAGGGGAAAUCACAAUAAUAACGGCGAUUGUAAUAGCAAUUCGUUUGAUUUGAGCGAGGCGGGGGAGGAGGAGGGUUUGGGGAGGAGGCAGAGGGCGGAGCAGGAGCUGCUGCAGCCGCCGCCGGCGGGUCAUCAGAUCGGGAGCUAUCUGCUGCAGUCUAGCGCAGGGGCUAUGCCGGCGGGACAGGGCAUGAUCCCGGCGAAUUUCUGGAUGUUGGCGAAUUCCGGCAGGAAUCGGGUUGUGGGGGCGGCGGCCGGCGGCGGCGGGGAUUCGAUAUGGACGUUUCCGUCGGUGAAUAUUGGGAGCGGCUCGGUGGCGGCCGUGUACAGGGGGACGAUGUCGACGGGGCUGCAGUUUGUGAAUUUCCCGGUGCCGGUGGCACUGCAGCUGGGCGGCGGCGGAGGUGGGGAGAUGGGCGAAGGGCAAUUGGGUAUGCUGGCGGGAAUGAAUCCGUACCGGGCGGGGGACGGCGGAGUUUCGGAGGGUCAGGCGAGUUGGUCGCACGGCGACGGGGAUGAGCGGCACGGCCACGCUGGCGGCAGCCACGAUUCGUGA